CGUGAUUCACGCGAACGUUGUAAACAAAAAUGGCGCGGGCUGUGCUUGCUGCAAUUUCGCGCUGCACCUGAGGUUACGUUGGCGAUUCGUUUUUUCCACAACGUAAGCACAACGUACCAUGACCAGCCUGAACAGGAGCGAUACCUCCGCCGCGAGGCGCUUCCAACUCCGGACCGGCGACUUGUGCAGCGUAGCGGGCCGAAUAAGCUCGGUGUUCGACUCGCUAAACGCGCUCGAGGCCGAACACCAGGCUCGGGAGCGCGCUCGUAAGGACGGCUCUUCAGGAUACGAGGAGUCGUACCUCAAGGAAGACCCAGACGUCGGUGACGACUUCGGAAACAAGCCAUCACCGACGUCAGACGGCGUCUUCAAGAGACCGUGGUCAGCGCCGUGCGGUCCGAGCAAGCGUUCUUGCCCGCGGGGCGCAUUUAGGUCGUCCAGUGCUGGUCGUUCUUCGGCCAGCACCACUCCCGACUACAAAGUCCACCCAGAGCGAUGGACGCGCUACACUUUGGACAGUGUCUCCGAAGACGACAUGUCUGAGGCGAGCAACACGACUGCCGCGUUGGACUACCUACACGAGAGGCGGCUUCAGAGAGAACGGGAGUCGCGGGACGACGAAGACCGUAUCGUGGUGGACUCCGGCGGAGACGCGCCUGCGGUGGGUAGGCACGUGUUUCAGAAGCGCACCUGGGACGGCGACGCCGACAUGGAAGACGCGACCGCUGAACCUUCGUCGUCGUCGUCGUAUCGGAUCGGAACCGGCAAAUUGGUCAUGCCGGAAUGCGUCGUCGGGAUGAAGCCCUCCGUCGCGAAGAAGGCAUCCCCUGACGGAGGCGGUCGUCAGAGGAGCACGUCGUUACCGGCGGUGUCCUCUAGCUCGCUCAUAAGUUUCGACUGCGCAGACUACGACGACGACCCUGACAAGCUGGUUGUUGACGAUGCCGAAGAAGAAGCGGCUGAAGUUGCCAGCAGUGCUGCUUGGCGCGAUGCUGUCAAAAAGGGUCGCAAGCUACGUGCUAGAACCGAUGAAGAGGUUGACUGAUACAUGCAGAGCGAUCCUUUAUUUAAAGUUCCUUUGAUUGGAAAUUUCUACUAUGAUAUUGGUGCGAAUGGGAACAUUGUGGUAAAAACAGAGGGUGAGGGGUUCCACUAUUGAGGCGGCCAUUGCAUUGCCAUUACGUGUGAAUAUCUUUUGUCUGGGCGCACACGCAUUUCUGACCGUAGGCUGGUGGAUAGCAGCAAAAAGCAAACGCAUGACGAAGGAAAUCGGCAUCUUUCUUAAAGUUGGGAUUUCUCACUGUGUGAAGUGUGUGAAGUUUUUUGAAACACUGGGCACCGCAGCAAGCUCCCUUUUACUGUGCUUUUCUUCCAUGUGUGUACUUUGCAUGCUUUAUUUUACGGCACACUGGUUAUCAUCGCUAUCCUAUGUCUUGUCUCAAAAUUGGCUACGGUUCAUUCAUGGGUUUUAUUCGCCUUGCACACCGGGCUGAUUUCAGUUCACACCAGGGCCACUAAUACUUCACAUAUUGCCCAAUCAUGGUUACCGCUAUUAUAUGGUACUUUGUUUCACAACACUCAUAUAUAAUCUUAGAUAGUCCAGAGAGAUAGAGAUAAAUGAGAUUGUUGGAUUCCUCUCACAAUUUCAACUGAUGGAUUUGUCAUUGCAGUAAAACAAAAGAAAUUCAGUGGUGAUUUAGCAGCAAGAAUAGUAAAAAUAUAAUUACUAAUAUAUGUCUGUGUGCUGGAGAUUGUAUCCUCUACCACAAUGUUAACUCCCCUGAAGAUCGCUGUUCUUGACGCAUUCUCACCCUUUUGCUCAUGGUAGAUGACUUGCCAGAUGAGUAUAAACUUCACCAGAACUGUUUCAAUGACAUUCAUUAGGUGCUUAACUCCUUCCGUUUUCUCGUAUGCUUUCAAUAACUCCUCUCUACUAUAAGAACCUUGGACUCUUAUUCUCUUGCAGCUUAUCUUGUAGCAAGCAUAUUGAAGUAAUAUGUACUAAAUAACAAAAAACUCUAUGCUAUCUCCAACACACCCUUUGAUCGACUCCUCAAGAAACUAAACUGCUAACAUACAAAACACUAAUCCGCCCAAUCCUUGGAUUAUAAAUCUGUAAUUUGGAACUCUUUUCAUAAAAAUGAUAUUAACGAGAUUGAGUCUGUACAAAAGAAAACUAUCUCCCGUCACUACGGCAGGGAUUUUUCACCUUCUGCCAACCUCUCUAAUCUCAACCUAACCACUCUGGCAACUCGUCGCCACAACGAAAGCAUAAAGUUCCUGCAAACUUUAACUCUCCACGCUGUACCUGCUCAGAUAAUACACAUUUACUGAUCCCUCCCGCACCCUUAGCUCUCACAACCUAAAUCUUUUGCCAGUGCAAUUUAGAACUGACAUGUAUAAGCGUAGUUUUUCCGCAAUCAAGAAUUGAACGUUGGAAUGCAUUGCCCAGAUGUGUUCGUUCAUUGCCCCUGACCAACUUUUUGUCCGCAGUUGACACAUGAUGUUAUCCCCACUCCUGCUAUAGCCCAAGAUGGACUGCAGUAUGUAAAAAUAAAUAAUUGUAAGAGAAA